AUGUGUGCAGGCUCGGCGCUGCGGCAGGAGCACCGGCAGGACUACGGGCAGGAAUUGCGGCAGGAGUUCCACCGGGAGUACCGCCGCUCUCUGGAGCGGGAAUUCGGCCCCCGGCUGCAGCAGGAGCCGGCGCUGCUGGAGGCCCUGCAGGAGGACGCCCUGGCACUGCUGGCCCGGGGGCUGCGGGACCACCCCGACCCCGGGCUGGCACUGCGAGGCCUGGCCAGCGCCUUCCGGCUGCUGGAGCUGGCGGCCGUCAACCUCUACCUCUUCCCGUGGCGCCGGGAGUUCGGCACCAUCCCGACCUUCUCCGGCGCCUACGUGCACCUGCUGCGCCCGGCGCUCCCCGAAGCCGACCUGCUGCGGAGUUUGGGCCGGCUGGGCUAUGAGCGGCGGGACCGGCACCGCCUGGCCGUGGGCCGGCUGCCCCCGGGGCCCGCGCUGAUCGCCGCCGCUGUCGGCUUCCUGGCCUGCCGCGUGGAGUGCGAGAUCGUGGCAGAGCUGGCACUGCAGCUGAGACAGCCCCGCGCCGAGGAGCUGCUGGAGGCGCGGCACUGGCCCGGGGGUGCCAAGGGGCACCUGGAGAUGCUGCAGGACUCGGGGACGCGGCCCAGGGUGGCUCCUGACUGCAGCGACAGCAUGGAUCUCUAUCAGGAGAGGCCAGACAGCCCUGAGGACAUGGGCAGCAGGGACACAGCCCCCCCAGCGCUGUGGAGGGACCCUCAGGACGUGCCCAGGAGGGGCUGGGGCCGCUGCGACAGCACACUUGGGCCAGAGCCUGUGGGCAGCACUGAUCUGGACACCUCCUCUCACCUCUUCCCAGAGCCGGAGCUGGUGGGGACUGGCAGAAGUCCCCAGGUGCUGGGGGAGCCCCAGGAUUCCCCCCAGCCCACAGCAGAGCUGCCCUGCUACCAGCUGCACUCAUGCCUGCAGCGGGGCAUGCUGCCCUCGUACUGCUGCAGCACGUGCCGGCAGCUGCACGGGGGCGGCUGCGCCCUGGGCCGCGCCUGCCGCAGCCGGCACCGCGGGCAGGAGCUGCAUGGGGAGCGGCAGCAGCGCCUCUGGCUGCAGCGCACUGAGCUGGACAUGCUGCUGGCCCAGGGCUCUGCAGCCAGCUCCUGA